GUGAAUGCACGGCGGCCGCGGUGUGUGCCAGUGGUGUGCGCGCUCGUCGCCCGUGGAAACCCGCCAAAACCCGCGGCCGCGAACAACCACCGCCAUCGACAACGUCGUCAUCCCCAGCGUCGCUGCGGUCAACAGUAGCAACAGCGGCAACAACAAAAACAACGAUAUCGACUACGUCGGCGGGAGGAGGGUCCUCGCGAGCGACGGCGAGGACGAGGACGCGAGUGCCAGAGAGGAAGGUCGUCGCGCUCGUGUGACAGCGACGGGGCAGGGGCAACGGCGGCGGCGACAACGACAACGGCGGCAGCAGCAGCAGCGACGACAACAGCAGCAGCAGCAGCAGCGACAGCAUCAGCAGCAGCAGCGACGACGACCGCCCAGCUCGCGCGCUGUCGUUGGCGACAGCGGCGUCGGCGGCUGCGUUCUGUUAUUAUUUUGCCGCGGUGCUUUUGACCCUUCGUGCCGGGCGAGUUCAUUGCGGCGCUGUCGCGGGGGUGUCAGCCGGUAGUACGUCCACACCGCGUAUCCUCCCCCCCUUCUCCUCCUCCUCCUCCUCCUCCUCCGUCCGUCUGGCGGCAGCAGCGCCGGCGUCGACGGAACGGGCCGCCUCGUGAUCGCGAGCGCGGAGGAUCGGGGCGCGUCCCUAAGGCCCCGCGCGGGCCAUCGCGAGAAGGCGAGAAGAAGCACCGGCGGCCGCCGGGGAAGAGAAACGCUCUCCGCCCGCGCGCGCGCGCCCGCGUCCGCGACAAUACCACGUGAUAGUCGCGUCGCGACGGCGGGACGAGCGAACGGCCGGCGGUAAGUCAGUCAGUAGUCCGCGAGGCCGCGUGGCGUCACGCGGUGACGCCGAUGACCAUAACCUGAGAGCGCGGCGCGGCGCACCACCAGGAUCUCCGGCUCUUUGGCGCGCGCCAGCACGAAAACAAACGGGGGGAGGGGGCCGCUCUCUCCGGGAUUAAUAUACCGCCUCGCCACCUGAUCCGGUGGCGCGCGAGCGUCCCUGUUUGGGAGCGCACGGGACUCGCGUCAGCCGCCUCUCGCUCCAACGGCGGCAAGGAGGAAGGAAGGUGCGUGCGUGCCCGCGCGACCCUUUGACGCGCGCGCGAGCGAGUGUGAGUCACGAUCGUCGUCGUCGUCGUCGUCGGUCCACCGCGCUUCUUCCUCGCGCGACGAGGACAGAGUGGCAAGAGGGUAGAGGCGCGCCGGCGGAUACGCGGCGAGUUUCACGGCCGCGACCCGAUUGCGAUCGGCGAAGGGAAAGGCGCGCGCGCGCGACGAGGCCGAGGAUAUACGGUCGCCGCGCGUGUGUGUCAACGUGUGUGCUCCGUUCUGUUCUCUUGGUGUGCGUGUACGUGCGCGUGGUGUGCGGUGCCGCUCGUUAUGCUCGCGGUGACAGCCCGACGAUAAGUCGCCAACGGUGGGCUCCUCGCUCCUGCGUUUUCCGAUCCCCCCCCCCCCGCCGCGAGUGCUCCGCCGUUUCCUUCGCGCGGAAAGUCCGAGUACCCGAGGAGCUCUCGUCUCUUCUCUUCGCCUGCCCCCGCCUCCCGCCAUCGCCGCUACCAGCGCGCUGUCACCAACGUCGCCCGCUAUCUACACCGUCGCGCUCCCCCACCCGCGCGAUCUGUCCGGCCGCUCCGUCGGUGAAGUGCGCGACCGUUGAGGAGCAGUGAAAACGUAACCCCGUGUGCCG